UGUAUUGUGUUUGGUUUGUGGUGCAGAAGCCGUGAUGAACCUUAGACCCAGCAGCUUUGACAAGGGGUGUACGAGAACAGCGUAUGUAUGCAGAAACCUCCAGACGACGUUUCGAUGCAAGACAAAAUUGAUGGAAGAUCCCAACUCAUGCCACCGCAAAGACAUCCUUUAUAAGACAAGCCCGGUCAUGCUUACAUACUGUAAUUGGGCAAGGCUGACGAAAAUCAAGGGAUGGUUAGGUGAAACCAGUGCACAGAUGAAUCCUCGCCCAAUCACGAUCUAUAAAGGACAACUCGGUGCCCGUCUUUUGAUAUCUUAUACGAUAAUCUUUGCAAAGCUCCGAUGGCUCCAUGAAACUGAGCACAAUGUUGAAUCCAGAUAUAAAUAUGAUGGAGCAGAAAAACUAGUAAGCAACUUGUGA